AUGGAAGAGGCCCCUCUGCUGGGCGGCAUGUGCAGCCCCGAGGACGAGAUGGUGACAGACCUUUUCAGCGCCGAGAGUCAGUUUGUUCCUGAAAACCUUCCCCUGAAAACCCCGGUGUCGGUGAAGCACGAGGCAGACGAGUUCCACGUCUUCAAAGACGCGUACCUGGGCUCCGCGGACCCCAAAGAGCCCCUGCUGCACGCCUUCAACGCCCCGCUCGACGGGGACUGCAAGGGCAAAGUCAAAGUGGAGCUGCUGGUGGAUGAGAACGGAGAUGAGGAAACGCGCGGGGAGUUCCCGAGUCUUCCCAAGCUCAAUCCCCUGGAAGACGCCGUUCUUCCCGCCGCCCAGCAGCCGCAAGCCUACAACCUCUACUUCCUGUCCUCCCUGCUGACCCCGCACAGGAGUCCUGCUGUCGGGCCCCUGGGCACCUGGGCCAGGGAAGGAGCCGCCCACCCCGGCGUCCGCGUGAUUCCAGUUGAAAUCAAGGAAGCAGGUGGUACUAUCGCAAGUAACAAUCUGGAGGAAGCAACUUUUCAGAGCCUUCCGGCCCAGGAGUCCUGUUGCAAGUUCCCAACAGCACAAGAAGCAGAGGAUGCCUCUGGGGGCUCUCAUAAGAAAGACUCUAACCCAAUGGUGAUAUAUCAGUUGAAAGGGGGUACACAAAUGCUGUGUAUAGACAAUUGUGGCACAAGAGAACUAAAAGCACUUCAUUUGGUUCCUCAGUAUCAAGACCAAAAUAAUUAUCUACAGUCAGAUGUCCCUAAACCCAUGACUACUUUAGUAGGAAGAUUUUUGCCAGUACCAGCAAAUUUAAAUCUCAUUACACAACAACUUGAUAAUGGAGCCUUACCAUCCGUAGUCAACGGGUCUGCUUUCCUUUUGGGAUCAACUCCUCCAGGACCACCAAAAAUGACUUCGGCUAGAGUAACUGUUAGUUCAUGGGACACAGAGUCUAAAAAGCCAUGUAACUGUACCAAAUCACAGUGUCUGAAAUUGUACUGUGAUUGCUUUGCAAGCGGGGACUUUUGCAACAAGUGCAAUUGUAAUAAUUGUUGCAACAAUUUACAUCAUGACAUGGAACGGUUUGAGGCCAUUAAGGCAUGUCUUGAUAGAAAUCCGGAAGCUUUCCAACAAAAAAUUGGGAAAGGACAAUUGGGAGACGUUAAGCCUCGACACAGCAAAGGAUGUAAUUGCAAGAAGUCAGGCUGCCUUAAGAAUUACUGUGAAUGCUUUGAGGCCAAAAUUAUGUGUUCUUCUAUUUGCAAAUGCAUCGAUUGCAAAAAUUAUGAAGAAAGCCCAGAACGAAAAACACUAAUGAACAUGCCAAACUAUAUGGAAAUCGGAGGUUUUGAAGGCGGCCAUCAUUUGUCAACAACUAAAUUUUCAGGACUACCAAAAUUCAGAAAAGAUAGGCAGUCAUCCUCAUGUAUCUCCUGGGAGGUGGUGGAAGCCACGUGCGCCUGCCUGCUGGCUCAGGGCGAAGAGGCCGAGAAGGAGCACUGCUCUGAGAGCUUGGCAGAGCAGAUGAUCUUAGAGGAAUUCGGGAGAUGCUUGUCGCAGAUUCUCCAUAUUGAGUUUAAAUCCAAAGGGUUGAAAAUUGAGUCAAGUACAACGUGGUGA